AUGACGCUCAGGCCAAACGAUAAUGGUGAUAAGAAACCAACUCGCCGGAACGACUUCAAGAAGACCGUGAACGGCGAUGACGGCAGCCGGAGGAGAGAGGAUGCAAGAACAAAAGAGAAGAGAGCCUGUCCAAGAAGCACCGCGACGUCAGAGAUCAGGCCACCGACGACGAUCAGAAACGCCAGGACCAGCUCCAGAAGAGGCUACAGUCUCUUCCGACAAUGGUGGACGGCACCUACUCCUCAAACGACGUCGCUUCACAACUCGAAGCCACCGCUCAGCCGCUUGGGCUCUUACGAAUAUUGCCUUGGGAACUUCCGAUCACACAAAAGUCCUGAUCGACCUCGGCGCCGUCCGAUGUUUGUAAGAUUGCUUGCUUCUCCAAACAAUGAUGUUCGUGAACAGGUUGUUUGGGCUUUAUGUAAUGUCGCCGGGGAAUCUCCCAAGUGCCGAGAUUUCGUCCUCGGCCACGGCGCCUUACCGGGUUUGUUGGCCCAGUUCAAUGAGAAAUCUACGCUUUCAAUGUUGAGGACUGCGACUUGGACACUGUCAAACUUUUGUAGGGGAAAACCUCAACCUGAUUUCGAGCAGAUGAAAGUUGCCCUCCCCAUUUUGGCUUAUCUUAUUAUACAUUCUGACGAUCAAGAAGUCUUGGCUGAUUCUUGUUGGGCGCUUUUGUAUCUCUUUGAUGGUGAUAAUGGCAAGAUCCAAGUUGUUAUCGAAGCCGGUGUUUGCCCUCGCCUUGUUCAGCUUCUCCUUACUGACUCGCCGUCUGUUCUAGUUCCGGCAUUCCGCACUGUUGGUAACAUUGUCACUGGUGAAGAUAGUCAGACUCAGGCUGUCAUUGACAACCAGGGGCUUUCUUGUCUUCUGAAUUUGUUGAUCCAAAACCCUAUGAAGACUAUCAAGAAAGAAGCCUAA